AUGAUCUCCAGCUGUGUAGGCUCUUGCCAGCCGCCUUCCAGCAGCCUGCCACCUGUCCGCUCGUUACUCACCGCAAGCGAGGAGCAGGUCACCUCGGCACUGCGUGGUCUCCAAACACUGUACUGUCCCCUGCGGCUACCGACUCUACCAAAGCCUAGCGUGCGGCGCAAGGACCUCUCGGCAGCAUCAGGUGUCUCUACCCCCGUUCCCGUGGAUUCUGGUUACGUCUCGCAAGAGGAGGAUGAUGAUGAUGAGGCUGCUGCAGAAGAGGUGACGGCAGCGAUCCGCGCGGACCCCUUUGAGCGAACUUUUGCGACGAGAUGGCUCACGUCCCUCAUCUCGAGGGUGGAAGAGAUGGACUUUCCAGAAGAAGUUCGAAGCCAGGUAGUCGACGCCGCCGCCUUUAUUCUUGCUUCUUUUUCAGACUCGACGAAUGACGAGGAAGAGGAAGCCCUGACCCGCGAGUUCUCCUUCCCUACAGGAUUCGGUGUACCUGUUGAGGUAACUCUGAACGAUGCGCCUCUGACCGGCGCCGACCAUACAGAUGUGGGACUUCAAUCCUGGGGUGCGAGUAUCGUACUCAGUAGCAUGAUGUGUGCCGAGCCCGAGCGUUUCGGCCUCUCAUCCACAUCACUGCCAGAGAGACCGUCGGUGAUAGAGCUUGGUGCUGGCACUGGGCUUGUGAGUCUGACGCUGGCGAAGCUUCUGCCCGCACUCAGUGUAUACCCCGCAAGUAUAUCAGCUACAGACUACCAUCCAACAGUCCUCGCCAACCUGCAAGAAAACAUCAACACAAACUUUCCCCCUGGAGAUAAUGUAAACAUGCCUGUCAGUGCCAUGGCACUCGACUGGUCGGUUCCACCUCCCGAUUUACAGUCUUCGAGUGAGUUCCUUGUUGCCGCAGAUGUCGUCUAUGCACCACAACACGCUGCGUGGCUUCGCGAUUGUGCCGCGCACCUUAUCACCGAUGACGGCGUCUUCUGGCUCAUUGUUACUGUAAGGCAGAACGGCAAGUUCGAAGGGAUCCCGGAUACCGUCGAGGCAGCGUUUGUUCCUGAGCUCUGUCCACGAGAUAAGGCUGGGCGUUCUUUCAAGAUUCUCGAGCGGAGUGACGUGGAGAAGCGGAGGGGCAUUGGAAGGGGCGAUGAAAAGGGAUAUAAUCUGUAUAAGAUUGGGUGGGCUUAG